AUGAAUAUUUGUUGUUUUCAGCAACACACGGUUUAUGGCAGCCACCCAAAUUCACUUGGUAUGAAGAGACAACAAAUUCAGACCAUGUUGUAAAUGUUUCAAAUAAAGUUUGUACAACCAAACAAAACAUGGUUUUCAAAGCAUCGGCAGAGGUACUAGCUUGUGUAUCAGCAUCAACAUUCCACUUUACGGUGGGAGGUAUCGUUGGAUUUUCAGCAAUUUUGAUUCCCCAACUUGAACGAUCGGAUUCUAGCAUAAAUGUUACCAAAGAAGAUGUCUCAUGGAUAGCAAGUAUUGUCCCCCUGGUAGCACUACUUGGUUCUAUUCUGGGAGGAUGCCUUGUGGAUAGGAUAGGUCGUGUCAAGACAAUCAAGGCAGCAGCGGUACCUUUCAUAAUCGGUUGGCUAUGUAUUGCUACAGCCAACAACCUGGUCCUACUACUGCUUGGACGACUACUCACUGGUGCAUCAAUGGCACUUUCUUUCAACACUGCAAUUGUAUAUGUGACAGAAGUGGCUAAGCCUAAGAAUAGAGGGGCCCUUGCCUGCACUCAAACUUCACUACUGUCUUUAGGAAUGAUAUGCAUGUAUGCAAAAGGAGCCUUUUUUCAUUGGAGGACCAUUUCCUGGAUAUCUAUUUCUUACUGCAUCCUGCCUCUCCUGCUGAUAUCUUUAUGGUCUCCAGAAAGUCCUGCCUGGCUAGUAUCCAGGGGCAAAUCUGAGCAGGCACUUAAGUCUCUCUUAUUACUAUACCAGAAGGAAAACAUAGCUGAGGAGCAACUAGCAAAAAUGAUCAAAGAACUAAACAAAAAGCAAAGACAAGAAUCUCAAAGUAGUUCUGCUUUUGGGACACUUAUACAAGGCCUGACCAAACCAACUGGCUACAAACCUGCACUUCUUCUCAUUGUUAUUUUUAUCCUCCAACAGUUUUCAGGAAUUUUAAUCACAAUUUACUACACCGUCUCUUUCUUCCAGAGUGUAGGUACAUCAAUUGACCCUUUCCUGAGCUCUGUUGGGGUUGGAGUUGUGAGACUAAUCACGACUGUCGUUACUUCUAUCCUGUUGAGACAUUUUGGCCGUCGACCUCUGUUCAUAUACAGCAGUAUUGGUAUGGCCAUUUCAAUAUUCAUAGCUGGAUAUCUUACCAAGGAAAUACAACAAGAAAAUAUAGAGAAGAAUUCCUUGCCAAUACUGUUCAUUUUAAUGUACGUGAGUCUUGGCAGUAUUGGGUUCAACACCAUCCCCUGGAUAAUAAGUGCUGAAUUGUUUCCAAUAGAGAUCCGAGGUAUGGCCCAAAGCCUUAUAAUGGGAAUCACCAACUUUAGUAUAUUCUCGGUUCUCAAGAUAUACCCCUUCAUGGACGAAGCACUUGGUGGAUCCUUUGGAGUCCAAUGGAUGUUUUCUAUUGUCUCUCUAAUUGGUGCACUCUUUAUAUUCGUAUUCCUACCAGAGACUCACAAAAAGGAACUUAUUGAAAUUGAAGAAUAUUUUAAGAAUAACUCAGUUUAUCCAUUGAGACAUAAAAGACAAACAAGAGAACUGGCCGAAGAAGCUGCGCUUGAAAUGAUUAAACAAUAAUGCAGCGCAGCAGACUUUGAUAAAAUUUAAGAAAUAAUGUUAAGUAAAUAUGCUGAUUGUUUAAAAAUACAAGAGAGUUUAUUUGUAGAUUUCAUGACAUGUACAGGAUAUGUUACAAUUUUUGCCAGGUAUUAACACUUUUGAGUGCCAGAUGACGAUGUGAACAUUAAAUAAUAGUCCUCAAGAUCUACAGGAUCGCCAUCUGAUUCUCAGAGGAUUGGCCAACCCUAAAUGUCUCUUGACAAACCUGCAGAUGUUGAAGCUGUAAUGCCUCUUCAUCACCAUACUGCAAGUGUGACCAUGUGUACUUCAUGAUUUAUGGAAUUACGGAGUUUUUGAAUGAUAACGUUAAUUGUAAUUGUGUUAUUUUCAAAACCACCGCAGAAAUGGAUGGGAAGCUAGAUUGUAAAGUGCAUAGUCUCUUUUCCUGUAAUUGGGAAAAAAAUAUAAACAUUUUCUUUUAUUUUUAAAUACUAAAGGUUUAAUAGACAUAACAACAUUUUUAAAAAGGUUUAUGAAAGUUUUAUUUUCAACACAAUUUCAAAUUAAUU